AUGUCCUUUAGCAUACACCGUGCUACACAGGAAGGCCAGCCAGGUCUCAUUCGCACCCUUCUCGCCGAAAACCCCAAGCUCAUCAAUGCCAAGGAUGAGCUGAUCCUCUCCAACUCGCCCGACGUCGAGGCACGCGACGCACUGGGAUGGACCCCACUCGUCGUCGCUGCGGCGUCUGGCCAGUCCGAGUCGGCGAGGGAACUGCUGGACGCCGGCGCAAAGGUCGACGCCGCCAACGACAAGGGCCAGACGGCACUGCACUAUGCUGCUUCCAAGGGAAACGUUCCUAUGGGCCGUCUUCUCAUCACCCGCGGUGCCGACAUUAACGCCCGCGACCGCGCAAACCAGCACCCCCUCCACCGCGCCGCGACGACGGGCAACGGCGCGUUUCUCAACAUUCUCCUGCGCGCGCCCGAGGGCCGCCCCAAGACCCGCCUCAACACCGCCGACAGGGCAGGCAACACCCCGCUCCACCUGGCCCUGGAGAGCGGACACGGCGAGGCGGCGGUGAUCCUCAUCGAGGCGGGAGCGGACCGUGAACGUCCAAACGUCGACAACGAGGUUCCCGAGGAGAUUGACGGUGUGGGUGGCGAAGAGCAGAAGCGCGUGCGUCAGUACAUCGUCUCGCGCGUCGGACCGCGUGACGAGUGA